UCACCGGAAUUUACGGUGCCGGUCAGUUUUGGGUUUCUAAUUUACUUGGUGAUAAUUACAUCCGGUAAGCUGUUUCUGGGAGACAUUAUUUCCCGCGCGUCUGGGACGCACAGAUCCAUUUUGAAGACCCUCUACAGCGUCAGGGACGCUUCGUCAUCCAUAUUUUCGUGGUGCAAAGGCGCAACGAUGUAUGUCUUUUUUCUUACAUCUACAUAUUUGUAAUAUUUUCUGAUUAUUUAUUUAAAACUUCAUUCGAGAUUUUUGGCAAGUGUGUAUGAAAGUGCAGUGUGUGAUAAAUUUUUCUAAUUAUAUUAGGUAUAGUAAGAAUGUCUAUAUGUUGUUAAAUUUCAGUUGUUACCGUAAAUUUCCUGCUAUAUUGGCUGAAUAAAGAAUGUAAAAAGCUGGGCGUUUUACUUCAACGUAGAAAAUGGGCCUGUGGCAGAACAGUAACAAAUCGUUUUGUUUACCACCUCAACCAUUCUGAGAGUCGAUUGCAACCUAUCCUGGGGAUAAGACGACUUUCUGGUGGACAGCAGAUUCCUGUGAAGCUGGGAUUUCCAACCAACUACCCCCCCCCCCCCCCCCCAUUUUGGUCCAUACCUUCGCUGGAGGAUUUUUCGUGGUAUUUGUGGUGCAUGGUGUUCCUGGACAUUGUGUGUAUAUGUGCAAACACUAGUGACAUAUCGGUAACUUUAUAUCAAAUAAUAUGUUGACAUUAUUUGAAAUGAACAAUAGUACAGAUAUUAUAGAUUGAUCAUGAUCAUAUGCUAUGUCAAAUAUUUUUUCUGGUCAAUUGGUGUUGAAUAUUUUCUCAAUACCAGAUAACAUCAGUACUUCGAAAGGAAGCAUUAAUUUUCACGUAUUUGUGGUGUGCAUGUGAAUUUGAAAGUUAAUUGUGCAUUUUUUCUCAUCUAACAUGUCUAAUGCCAUUUUUAGCAUGUGUAUAUAUUUUCAAAAUUUCAUGGCAUAAUUUCAUGUGAAAAUCACUACAGUAUUAUCAGUAUGGCAUCUGGUGGAAAACCCAUACCCAUAGUUGACGAGGAGGAAAGUGAAGAGGAGACUGUUCUUUCAGAGGAAGAACCAAGAUUUCGUAAACGUUCUGACAUCAUAGAUCAGCUCAUGAACCGUAUUGAGGACGCCCUUCUGGACGCAGCAGACACCAUAUCACGAGCAAGUGGUUCCGAAGGAUCCCGAUCACAGAGUAGAAGUUCUGUCAGUGAAAUGUCAAAGUCUCGUGUUCUGUUAAGACAGAAGGCAGAAGCAGAAAAGGCUAAAUUAGCUUUCAUCAGACAGCAAGUUGACCUUCAAACCGAGAAGUCAAAAAUUGAAGGACAAAUACAAAUUCUGAAUCAAACGUGUUCAGCAGCAAUCGCGGAUGCAGAAGCCAAAGUGUUCGAAAGAGAAGAAAGUGAAACCAAAAGUGAAAGAAAUUCCAUCUUAGAUGAACUACCCAAAGACAGAGGUCAGCGUGUUGCAGAUUAUGUGGAAAGUAUUUCUCGAGAUCAAGAAUCAAGUGUUAGAUCACAUGUGAACCCAAAAAUCGUUCAACCAAUUCCCUCAAGUUAUAACUUUGAUGUUCCUUUAACUCGACCAAAGGAGGAUUCAGUGGAAACUGUGACUAAAUUCUUGUUAAGGAAGGAAGUGUUGUUAUCCCGGUUUAGUAACUUUAAUGAUGAACCAGAGGCUUACAACGCAUGGAAACUAAACUUUACCUCAAUCAUAAAGGACCUGCAGAUUUCAGAAUUCGAGGAACUUCAGUUACUUGUGAGAUGGCUAGGACCGGAGUCCUCUAAACAUGCAGCGGACAUCCAACAAGCAAACGCCGGAAAUCCUGGAAGGGGACUACGUCAGAUUUGGGCAAGAUUAGAUGAGAGAUAUGGGGCAAUCGAACUCAUCGAUGAUUCAUUAAAAUCGAAGUUGGCCGCUUUUCCGCAACUUAUGAUAAAGGACCCUAAAGAACUUUACAAACUGUCUGAUCUACUGACACAAGUGGAUGGUGUGAAGAAAAACCCUAAAUAUUCAGCAGCAUUAUCCUAUUAUGACACCUCUCUUGGAAUUGCACCAAUAGUAAGCAAACUUCCGUAUCAAUGGAGAGAAAAAUGGAUCAACAGGGCCUCGGAAUAUAAGGAGCGUCACAGUGUUCCAUACCCACCAUUUACAUACUUUGUGAAAUUUAUACAAGACUUAUGUCGUGUGAGAAAUGACCCUGGAUUUCAGUUCAGUGAACCAACAAAGAAAGAGACUAAAACCAAAAACACUGGACAGAUUCGUUCAAGAAAAACUGAUGUUAAGCCUAGCAAGUCAACAGGACAAAGGAAAUCAUGCUUUUUAGAACAUAGAGUUGAAUCCAAUCAUAAUAUCAAAGACUGUCGCAAGUUUCGUACCCUUCCGAUCGGUUCAAGGAAAAAGCUUCUCAAGGAAAAUGGAAUUUGCUUUAGAUGUUGUGAUUCCAAAGAACACUUAGCAAGAGACUGUAAUGUGAAAUUAAAGUGUGACAUGUGUCAAAGUGACAGACAUUGUGGUGCCUUACAUGUUAACAGUUCCCAGGGCGGGGAGGAUAAGGAAAAUUCGCAUGGCGGGGAGAACAGAAUAUCAUCUUUUACAACUAACUGUACUCAAGUCUGCUCACCCGCAUUCAGUGGCAAAUCUUGUGCAAAGAUUAUUUUAGUGAACAUUUUUCCAGUUGGCCGUGAAGAUUUAAAGAAAAGAGCAUAUGUGAUUCUCGACGACCAAAGCAGCAGGACACUUGCGAAGUCAUCAUUCUUUGACAAGUUUGGAAUCAAGGGACAAGAAAUUUCAUAUACAUUGUCAUCAUGCAGUGGUUCGGCCAUGGUCUCCGGGAGACAAGCCUUUGAUUUCGUUGUAUCUUCAAUACAGAGUGGCGAACAAAUAUAUUUACCAUCAAUUAUUGAAUGUGAUGACAUCCCUGUUUCAUAUGAGGAGAUUCCAACCCCAGCUGUAGUUAAACCAUACAAACAUUUAUCAGACUUGGAGUCUGAGAUCCCACCAAUAGACGAUAAAGCAGAAGUGAUUCUUAUUGGACGGGAUGUUCCCAGUGCUCAUCAUGUGCUGGAACAAAAGAUUGAUAAACCAAACCUACCUUUCGCACAGCGACUUCCCUUAGGCUGGGCCGUUAUAGGAGAAUGUUGCCUAGGUAGAGUACACAGACCUCAACAUGUGGUUGUGAACAAGACUCAGAUUUUACCGUCUGGACGAGGAACUCAUUUUACCCCAUGUUCAUCAAAUCUGAGAAUUUCAACAUAUCAAGAUGAUACAGACAUUCAGUGUUCGUGUGAGAAUGGAAUUCAGCUUUCUCAGAUCUUUGAACGCACCAAAGACGAUAACAUUCCAGGAAUGUCAAUCGAGGACAGAGAAUUCUUAGAAAUCAUGAAGGAAAAGUGUCAUAAAGAUGAGAAAGGACAUUGGUCAGCUCCGUUACCAUUCAAGUUAAACAGAAAUAGACUACCUAACAACAGAGAACAAGCGUUGAAAAGGACUUAUUCACUGCUGAAAACUUUUAAGCGUGAUCCUGUGAAAAUGAACUUAGCCAUAAAGUUUAUGGAAAAUGUGUUUAAUAAUGGAUUUGCAGAGGAAGCUCCAGAGGUCCAAGAGGGAGAAGAAUGUUGGUAUCUUCCCAUAUUCCCAGUAUUCCAUCCAAAAAAGCCCAACAAGGUCCGUAUGGUUUUUGACUCUUCAGCCAUUUAUCAAGGACAUUCCUUGAACUCUUCCUUACUUCAAGGACCAGAUCUUACUAACAAUCUACUCGGCGUACUUUUGCGUUUUCGUAAGGAGCGUGUCGCCAUCACUGGAGAUAUAGAACAGAUGUUUCAUAUGUUUCACAUUGAUGAAGAACACAGAAAUUUCGUUCGUUUCAUAUGGUUUAGAGACAAUGAUCCUACCAAGUCUCUUCAAGACUACAGAAUGUGUGUACAUCUAUUCGGGAAUUCACCGUCACCCGCUGUCGCCACAUAUUGUCUCCACAAAUGUGUAGAAGAACCUUGUGAUAGUGAUGUGAAAUAUUAUGUUACAAGAAACUUCUAUGUUGAUGAUGGACUGUCGUCUUACGAUACAGACAAUGAAGCUUUAGAUAUUUUGUUAAGAACACAGAAAAUUCUAAGAGAUAGAGGUAAAAUUAGAUUUCACAAAUUUGCCUCCAACAGCCAAAUUGUUAUGGAUGCUUUGCCACCAGAGGAUAGAGCAAAGGAUUUAAGCGAUGUACAUUUAGAUCUACAUACAACUCCUGCACAGAGUAGUUUGGGCUUAAUCUGGAAUUUAUCACUAGAUGCUUUCAUCUUCUCAACAGAUCUCAAAGAUGUACCAGAAACAAAGCGUGGUGUGCUAUCUUGUUUACAUAGCCUGUACGAUCCUAUAGGAUUCCUGUCACCUGUCAUUUUGGCUGGAAAAUUUAUUUUUCGUGACAUUACACAGUUACAACUUGGAUGGGACGAUCCUCUUCCUAGAGACAUAAUCCUGCGUUGGCGGUCAUGGCGAAGCUCUCUUCAUCACCUAUGCGAUGUGAAGAUACCUAGGCGAUAUGUUGCAGUAUCUAUGAAGAAUGCUGAAAAGAUCGAGCUCCACACCUUUGCGGAUGCAUCUGAAAAAGCUAUAUCUGCUGUUACCUACAUCAAAGUUACAAACACGGGAGAAACCUACAUAGGAUUUGUAACCGGAAAAUCUAAACUAGCUCCUCACCAUGGACAUACAGUUCCAAGGUUAGAACUAUGCGCAGCUCUUCUUGCAACAGAAAUUGCUUCAUUUGUUGAGCGUCAACUUGAUACACAGAUUCAUGAUAUGCAGUUCUACUCUGACAGUCGUGUCGUAUUAGGAUACUUAUAUAACAAGACCAGACGAUUUCACACGUACGUGUCAAACCGAGUCCAACGGAUACUUACAAAUUCAAAAUCAGAACAGUGGACCUUUGUGAAAUCAGACCAGAAUCCAGCUGAUAUAGGAACACGUUCUGUUUUUGCAAACGAACUUGCAACAUCUGUGUGGUUAACUGGGCCAAAGAUUAUUUUGGAUCAUAAUCAACAAGAUUAUUCAAAAUACCCGUUAUUGGACCCUGAUAAUGACUGUGAAAUUAGAAGGACUGUCACUGUAGUUAAGACAAGUGUACUUCAUGGAUUGAACUCAAAUGUGUUCACAAGAUUUUCUACCUGGGAUUCUCUAAUUCGUGGACUAUCAUUCAUGCGUAGUGUUAUUCGCCAGAAAAUCAACCUUGAAAAGCUCAGUCAAACAAAGCUUUACCAAAGUAUGGAGAAGAUUGUUAUCAAAAGUGUACAGUUUGAAGCUUAUGGACAGGAUAUAGAAAGACUUAAGGAGCACAAACCAGUCACCAAAGGUAGUCCGCUACAAAAACUUGACCCUUAUCUGGAUAACGAAGGUCUGCUACGUGUAGGAGGCAGAAUUCUCACCGGAGAUGUACUGGCUGGAUCCAACGGACCUAUUAUUGUUCCGAAAAAGUCACAUGUGGCAAGAUUGCUUAUAAAGCACCAUCAUCAGAAAUGUAAACAUCAGGGACGUCACCUAACUGAAGAAAGUUACGACGUAAACUUGAAACACAGAAAAUGGGAAAUAUACCUGACUUUCGAUGCAAGCCAUCACCACCGUUCACGUAUGUGGGAGUAG